UCCAACAUGGCGUCGGAAGACGAGACCGUAUAUUGUGUGUGUCGAAAACCUUACGAUGAAAACGAAUUUAUGAUCGAAUGUGACGUUUGCAAGGACUGGUUUCAUGGAAGUUGUGUUGGUGUUCAAGAGUACCAGGCCAUAGAUAUAGAAAUAUACCAUUGCCCAAAAUGUCAACAUGUACAUGGACCACUUGUUUUGAAAAAGAGACGUAACUGGCACAGACAUGACUAUUCUGAAGAAGAUGUAGAAGAAAAGGCUGUACAAACAGGAACAGUUGUGUUUAUAAAAGAACUCAAAAACAGAACAUUUCCAAGUGCUGAUGAGAUACCUGUGAUGAGAUGUCAUGGCAGUGAGUUAUCCCCCGAGUUCCUCAGACAAAAUGGCUUUCAUGUUCCCAUCAUUGUGGAGAAGAAGGAAGGCCUGGGUUUGGUUGUGCCUCCUGCAAAAUUCAGUAUUCAGGAUGUUGAAAAUCUUGUUGGUUCAAUGAGAGAAAUAGAUGUGAUAGAUGUUUCCAAACAGGAGGACUAUAAAAUGUUGAUGAGAGAAUGGACAGAGUAUUAUAACAGUCCUAACCGGUCCAAAAUCUACAAUGUCAUCAGUCUGGAGUUCUCCAAGACACAGUUGUCAGAGCUUGUGAUACCUCCUACCCUGGUGCGACAGUUGAGUUGGGUAUCUAAUGUGUGGCCUGAGCAGUUACCAGAUGACUGUACAUACACGAAGCCUGCAGUCCAGAAGUACUGUCUGAUGGGUGUUAGGGAGAGUUUCACAGACUUCCACAUUGACUUUGGGGGCACCUCAGUCUGGUAUCAUAUUUUACGGGGGGAGAAAGUUUUCUACUUAAUCCGGCCAUCCCAGGCAAACCUGUCCCUGUAUGAGAACUGGCUUUCUUCAUCGAAUCAGAGUGAAACAUUCUUUGGUGAUCAGGUGGACACCUGUUACAAGUGUGUGGUAAAACAGGGACAGACAUUAUUUAUUCCUACUGGCUGGAUCCAUGCAGUGUUCACACCCAUUGAUUCCUUGGUAUUCGGAGGAAAUUUCUUACAUGAUCUACACAUACCUCUGCAACUUCAGGUGUAUGAAAUAGAAAAGCGUGUGAAGACACCUGCCAAAUAUCUUUUCCCAAGCUUUGAAACAACAAACUGGUAUGCAGCCAAACACAUUCUAGACUUACUGAAAGACUACGAUGAGGACAACAUGAGACCUCCUGUACAUGUCUUGAAUGGAGGAAAGGCUUUAGCUUCACAUCUGAAGUCCUGGACACAGAGAAAAGAUUUGAACAACCUGCAUCUAUUUGUAAAAGACGCCAAGCAUGAUGUUCCAGAGACAAUACAGUAUGGAAGGUUGUUAAAAGACCUAAGCAAGGCUUGUAAAAACUUUGACAUGCUGACAAAAGGCAGCCCUGUAAAACUGAAAAUAGAAAAACAGAAAAUUGAGAAACCAAAGGAGAAGCAAGAGAAAAGUGUGAAAUCUAAAAAGAAGAAAAAGAAUGUACCACCCAAACAGAUGGUGAACCUAGACCUCCUACACCAACACACUCAGGAAAAACUCCUCGAGAUGCAGAAUGAACAAAAAAAGAAUAUCUACGAGUUUCCUGAUGAUGAUGAUGAUGAUUCUCUCCCUGGUUCCCUGAAAGUCAGAAUUCCAAAGGCUGGAGCUUACAUAGAUCCAGCUCUUAAACAAGAAAAAAAAGGUUCGCUCAAGUUUGAAAUGACAGACAUGCCUCUGAAACAGGAGAAUGUACCACCAGAUGGAAUAGUUAUAGAGUCGCCUCUUGACUCUAAAGCUAUAGCUAAAGGAUUAAAGCUCAAGGUGUCCAAUGGAAAAAUUGUCAGUGAUAUGAAGAAGAAGGGUAAAGGUACAAAAGUUGGUGGGAAGUUCCAGCCAUUGGUCGGGGGAGAUGGUGAAGAUGCGGAUAGUGAUACAGACAAUCUAGUUGUGGACGAGAAUCCACAGCGAGGGAAAAAGGCAGCAGGAUCAGCUAAGGCAGCAAGUUCCAAGUCGGCCUCAACACUAAAGCCAGGAUCACUCAAGUUAAAACUAUCAUUCCUUGGAAAAUCAGCCCCGCCAGAGUCUUCUACAAGUCAGGAGAGUAGUCAAGAGUCAGAUGUUACAGCAAGUCAGAGUGAUUCAGAAAGUCAGGGAGAAGACCAGGCAAACCGUGCAAACUUGCCAACGAUACGAGGUGGACUUAAUGGUAGUAUAGCAGACAUACUGGAGGCUAGUGGAUAUGGCACGGAGACAGACUUCAAGGUGGAUGAUGAUAUUGGGAGAGCUCCAUCACCUAGUAUGAGGGAUGCAAUCCAAGGCAUGCUGUCGAUGAGUCAGAUGGGUGGGAUGGAGUUGUUCUCCAAGGGAAGGGGUCGACGCACAAUACGCCUGCAACAGCGAUCACAGCUAGCAAUGGAGGAGGAGGAAAAGCUUGAUUCCUGCUACAAAGAUGAAGAAUUUGUUUAUCCUACAUUAGACUUGUCAGAUGAAGAAGCAGAACAGAUAUUCAAAGCUCAAAGCAAAGGCAGCAAAGAUGACACUUGGAAUCCAAAAGCUCGUGUCCAGGUUACGAUACCUAAAGGGGACCGUCCACACCGCGAGGGAGUGAAGAAGGAGGCGAUGGAGCAAGUCAUGGCAGCCACCGCAGCCAAGCCAGCUGCCUCUCUUAAACCAAGACGGCCAAAAAAGAGAACAAAGUCCGAAAGUUUCUCUGAAGGAGAAGGUCAGGGCACAUCAGCAGGCCUGUCUCUUUCCUCCUCAGCACCAGGUUCAGCAUUCCGUCCAAGCUUAUCCUCUCGGCCAGCAAAUCCUACCCCAGAUAGUCCCACGAAACCAAAAAAGCCUCGGAAAGGACAAGCAACAGCAAAGCAACGACUUGGAAAAAUUCUCAAAAUGCACAAGAUGAAAAUAUUUUGACAACACAUUAGUUUGAAUAUAUUUACAGAGCCACAUUACUGCCAAUCAGUGAUCUAUGCCAAAGUCUCAUAUCAUUUCUGUUAUUUUUCUUAAUUUUAUAUUAAAAAAGGAAUGUAAAUGUCAGAGAAGGGCAUCCAAAUGUUACCAGUAUCAUAUACGUUUUGUUCAGGUGUAUUAAAACCAUGAAUGCCUUUACUUCCUAUUUCAUUACCGUGGUCAUUAGCUUGUAAGUGUGCAUGAUUGUUGAGAUUUUAACAAGAAAUUAAGUCAAAACGUCUUAUUACAAUUGAGGUUUUAGAUGCAUUUAUUUUUGUAUAUUCAGUUCAAAAGAUUUUUCUAAACCAUAAUAAAACAUUCUGUAGGCUCCUCAUUCUGUUUUAGAGAUUUAUAACAUUUAAUCAUUAUAUUUAAUGCAAAUCUAGUCAUGUUUCACUGACAGAUAUGUACAUUUUACCUCAUAUUUAAGUACAUGUAUAUUUAAAUAAGUCUUAUUAAUUUAUAAAGUUGUUCUCCAAAUUAUAGGCAUAUGUGCAAAAGCUCCCAAGUUCAUACUUAAGUUUAUACUUUGCCUGAUGACAUAUUUCCUAUCAUCUGUACGGAGAAAUCUUCUGAUGAAAUAAUUGAUACCAGCUGCAGUAACAUUUCAUUGUUGAUCUCAAUUUGUAAUUGAUCUCAGGCCAGCGAUUGUAAUGGAAGCGGUUUUUUUUAUUGAAGAAUAGAAAGUAAAAUGUAAGUUAUUCCCUUUUAUUAUUUUAGUCAUGUGGACAUAAAUAGAAGUAAACAAUCUUUCAAAAAAAGUUAAACUUAAAUUUGAUAUUCUAUUUGUAUCUGCAAAUCCAGCAAUUGGGGCGACUUUAAAGUCAAAUAUCAAUUUAUGAUUUGGAACGAGGGGUAUAUUAUACCUGUAUCCAAUCAAUUUUAAAAAAUAAAUAAAUUAUGCCAUUUGUUGAUAAUUUUUUAACCUUUUGAAUUAUUGACAUCAAUUUUAAAUUGAAAUUAAUUGAAGGAUAAGUAAGUUUAUCAAAUUUCUUUUCAUGUGUUACCAUGAUGCUAGAUUUAAAAACUGUGAUAUAAUUGACAUUUAACCAAGCAAGAGAAAAGAAUUGACAAAACAAGGACUUUUUCCCACAUGUGUAUUAUACAAUACCUCAAGCACAUUUCAGCUGUAAAAAGUGCAUAUUAAACAGUUUUAACCAACUUAAUAUUGUAAAUACUUUGAAUAUUUAGUUAAGUUAAUUUACUUUUAGUUGGUUAUACAUGUAAUUAGCAGUUUGUAGGAGGUUGGGCCUUAACUAGUGUAGCGUCACCCAGACAGAUGAUUUGGAGGGGAGCUUUGGUGGGUGAGAGGUGUCACAAGUGCUUCCCUAUCCCACAUAUCUAUAUUCAUGCAUUUUAUAUCUGUACAGUGUAAAUUUUUUCAAUAUGUAAAUUCUUAUAGAUAAUUAACAUACUAACCAUACUUUCUUACUGGGACUCCAUGCAAAUUUUGUAAUUUCAUGUACAUUAAUAUAAAAUUACCAAAUGCUACUUUAGGGUACAAAACUUAUAAUAGCAUGCUACUUGUGAUGUCUUUUGUAUAAAUAGAAACAUUCAAUAUGCUUCCCCCAUUUUGACUGGAAUCUAUUCACUACAUCUCCGUUAACUGUGAUAAAGCAGCAUGUUAUGAGGCAUGACAAAUUAUGACAAAUAAGUCAAGCUUUAUAUAAGAGAAAAUGCUAAUAUCCCAGAAAUCUCUUCCAUAAUAUUAAAAUACUCCUCUCUUCCUAGAAAUUCUAAUAUCCCAGCUAUCUUCCUGAAAACUAAUAUCUCAUUUAUUUCUUCCUUAAUAUUCCAAUUUCCUAACUGUUUCUUUCUUGAUAUUCCAAUAUCCCAUGUUUCUCAUCCUUAAUAUUCCAAUACCCUAGCUAUCUAUGUACAGUUGUGUUUGUGUACGGGAGUACCCUAUGUUUAUUGAUGUAUUCGUGUACAGGAGUACCCUAUGUUUAUUGAUGUAUUUGUGUACGGGAGUACCCUAUGUUUAUUGAUGUAUUUGUGUACGGGAGUACCCUAUGUUUAUUGAUGUAUUUGUGUACGGGAGUAUCCUAUGUUUAUUGAUGUAUUUGUGUUCGAGAGUACCAUAUGUUUAUUGAUGUAUUUGUGUCCGAGAGUACCAUAUGUUUAUUGAUGUAUUUGUGUCCGAGAGUACCCUAUGUUUAUUGAUGUAUUUGUGUACUGGAGUACCCUAUGUUUAUUGAUGUAUUUGUGUUCAGGAGUACCCUAUGUUUAUUGAUGUAUUUGUGUCCGGAAGUACCCUAUGUUUAUUGAUGUAUUUGUGUCCGAGAGUACCAUAUGUUUAUUGAUGUACAGUUGUGUACGGGAGUACCCUAUGUUUAUUGAUGUAUUUGUGUCCGAGAGUACCCUAUGUUUAUUGAUGUAUUUGUGUCCGGGAGUACCCUAUGUUUAUUGAUGUAUUUGUGUACUGGAGUACCAUAUGUUUAUUGAUGUAUUUGUGUACUGGAGUACCCUAUGUUUAUUGAUGUAUUUGUGUACGGGAGUAUCCUAUGUUUAUUGAUGUAUUCGUGUCCGAGAGUACCCUAUGUUUAUUGAUGUAUUUGUGUCCGAGAGUACCCUAUGUUUAUUGAUGUAUUUGUGUACGGGAGUACCCUAUGUUUAUUGAUGUAUUUGUGUCCGAGAGUACCCUAUGUUUAUUGAUGUAUUUGUGUACAGGAAUACCCUAUGUUUAUUGAUGUAUUUGUGCCCGGGAGUACCCUAUGUUUAUUGAUGUAUUCGUGUAUGGGAGUAUCCUAUGUUUAUUGAUGUAUUUGUGUCCGGGAAUACCCUAUGUUUAUUGAUGUAUUUGUGUACUGGAGUACCAUAUGUUUAUUGCUCACAUUCAAUGGUCUAAAUCGAAGGCAGCAGUGACGACAAUUGUCACAUCAUACAUUGUUUCAGACAGUGUAUGUUCUAGCAUUGUAAGAAAAUUGUACAUAAAAUUGUAAAUAGAUGAUAAUGUAUAUUUUUCCUGUAUAAAUGUAGUGUACAGAUAUCAUUCAUUUUGAAAUAAUGGUUUAAUAUCCAUUUGUAUGGAUUCAUUGUUGAUGUUUGAACAUUUGUUUAUUGUGUAUUCAUUUCCAAAUCAAUAAUUUCUAAGUCAUAUUUGUCGAAAUAUGAGAGCGAAGAUGUAGAUGUUUUUGAUAUUUUUGAUGAAAUAUGUAUUAAAUUAUAAGAUUAUUAUACAAAGUAUACUGCAGUUUGAUAGCUAAAUCAUUGAAAAAGAAAAUUUUGGGGGGGUUUUGGCAGAAAUAGGGAAAGAUUUCAAAAGUAGCUGAAGUAGAACAGAUAUUGUGCUUACAGAAUUGUAAUAGUAAAUACCUGACCAAGUAAUCAAGCAGUUUCAUUUAUAGCGACAAAUGACAAUAUGUAUAAAAGGUAAAUGCUUCCUUUUGUUAUUUAAACAAGACAUAAGGAUAAAACUAACAAAGUUAAUUAUAUACGUGUAUUCAUAGCCACAGUGGACUAAUCUUUCACCCUCUUUUAGACUAGAUAGAGAGACCUCAGCCCGAGAUAUGGCUUGUCAAGUGUCUGGCAGCUUAAGAAUCUGAUUCAAGAUCUCUUAUUCAGAGUGCCCUUAGAUGUUUCAAUUCUAAACAGCACUUGAGAUUCAAGUGUCUGAUUCCACUUUUCCAAGUUUGGAUCAACUAAGGUUACCUCCUAUUUACUUUCUGCUGCUAAAAUUAAUAAUUACUGACACAAUAAUUUCUGUUUCCACUGGUAAUAUUUUCAAGUACAUAUGUUUAUGUAGUUACAGUUCCGUUAUAGCUGUCGGUGUACAGGAAUGACAAACACAUCAAUAGGUCUGGAAAUACAAAUUAAAGGGCAAAUGUUCACACGAGGCCAAUUUAAUUCAAUAACAUUUUGGAUCAGUGGUAAAUAAGGUAGGUUUGAAAAAUCUAUUUAAUCAGAAAAUUAAAAAAAAUGUGAUGAAUAUACUUAUCAGUCAUUGAGAAAAGUGUUACUGUAAACUAAAGGGAAAUCUAGAGAAUAUAUUGGCCAAAUUACAUGGUAGAACAGGUACUAUGAUAAUGUAUUGUGUUGUCACUCAUCUCGGUGAUUCUCUGUCCCAUUAUUUCUGCUAUUUAAAAGCAUACAUAUGGUUGUAGUGAUAGCUGCUUUAUAUGACAGGGAUAUCAAUUGGGUAAAAGCUAUAGAAGUCCUGUUUUGUUGGUAUUAUUGUAUUUUUUUGAAUAUUUAUUCAAAAGAUAUUGUUCUUAUUUUUAAAAGAAAAUGUUCAUGUCUCGAGUUACUUUUAUUUAUUUCUUGUUGGUUGAAAAGGCAUUUUAGGUUCUUAUAUAUAUUGUACAUACAAUAUUGUAUAUAAUGUAUAAUGCAAAAUAUCAAAAGAUGUAUAUAACUGUGUAUGUGACUACACAAAUAAAUCUAACGAGGAAAUCUA